UUUUCUAAAUUGUAAGAGGCUGGCAUUCAGAUAUCAUGUCAGGAACCAUACUAACCACCUUACGGAAUAAGGCGGACAGAACCGGGGAUUACCGAGUGUAAGGAUAAGCCGGUUUAAAUGAAAUGCUAAAAUCAUGACUGUUUUAAUUGGAGGAGGUAGAGGAUUUGUCGGCAAACAUUUGACCAAAGUUUUGAAAAAUAAUGGAUAUGAUGUGACAAUAAUUUCAAGGCAGGCAGCAAAAGGUCAAAUAACAUGGUCAGAAGUGGAAAGGAAUGGACUACCAAAUGAUUGUAAAGCAGUGGUAAAUGUUGCUGGUGAAAACAUUCUCAAUAUGUUGAAAAGGUACUCAGAUAAAAAAUAUGUGGAUGAGAUCUGGAAGAGUAGAGUUGGCACAUCAAAAAUUCUGGCUAAUGCUAUCAAAGAAGCCGAGAAGAAACCAGAGUCAUUUGUUACCAUGUCAGGAGUUGGUAUUUAUCCGCCCAGUAAGACAGCGGAAUACACAGAAGCAGUUACUGAACCAGGAAAUGAUUGGUUAGGAAAGUUAGCACUGGAGUGGGAGAGAGCUGGUGAUUUACCAGAUAAUGUUCCGACAAGAAGAGUUAUAAUUAGAUCUGGUGUCAUACUCGGGAAGGAUGGAGGAAUGAUUGAGAUGUUGAGGCCAGUAUUUAAAUUAUUUGGUGGACAAAAAAUUGGCUCAGGACAGCAGUGGUUGCCUUGGAUACAUGUUGAUGACAUGGCAGAAUUGAUAACAUAUGCUAUAAAAACUGACAGUGUCUCAGGAGUGUUGAAUGGAGUGGCACCAGAUCUUGUUAAAAAUGCAGAAUUUACACAAGCUUUUGCUGCAGCAUGUAGAAGACCGGCUUUUGGCUUUGUGCCAGAAUUUUAUAUGAAAUUUGCGUUUGGACCUGAAAGAGCUAUGGUGGUGUUACAAGGACAAAAAGUAAAACCAUCAAGAACACUUGAGAGCGGCUUCACUUAUAAAUAUGCAACUAUUCAAGAUGCUUGCAAAGAAUUAGUAUCAUAGAUAAUUAUAAUGAAAGGAUUUUCUCAGCAAAUAUCAUUAUUAGAAGAUGUAAGGUAUUAAUAAUCCAGAUGAAUUAUAUCAAAUGAAUUUCAUUGUGAAAAUACAAAUUAGAAUGAAUUUAUGAAGGACAUGAGAUUAACUAUAGAUAUCAAAAUUACAAACACUUGUUCGAUGUAUAAAUAUAAUUAUGGUUACUGUCACUAUUUCUUACUUUUUUUGAAGACAUCCUUAUAAUGGAACUAUUUCUUUUUGUGUUUACACAAGGUAAGGGACAUUAAAUCAAAAUUUGAAUGACUAGACAUGGCUCAUAUAAAACAAGUUAUUAAGAUUUAUCUGGUGUAUUUGUUAUUUUUGUCAGUUUAAAUUUCUGCUGUAACAGGAAAGCCACAUAAGAUUGUAGAGCGAUAAUUGAUUUUACAGUUUUCAACAAUAUAGAAAAUAUUGUGCUUUGGAAUGUUCAAUGAAUUACAUGCUAAACAUGUAUAACAGAAUUAUGUAAUUAUUUAAUGCAGUGGUUAUGUUGUGUUUGUAUUGCUAAUAGUGGUAUUGUUAAGAAGUAAAAUUAGAAGUAUA